GAGGCGAUGCAGCAGAAGCUGGACGCCUUCCAGUACGGCCUGGAGCAAAAGGAGUCGGCGCUGCACCACCUGCAGCGCAGCGUGGACCGCACGGCCGCGGAGCUGAACCACGUGACGGAGGAGGCGGAGAUCCAGAGGGAGGCAGUGGAGGCCCGCCUGGACGAGAUCACACUGAAGGUCGGGCAGGCUCGCGCCGACGCGGAGGUGCGGGUUCGCGCCCUGGAGCUGCAGCACCACGAGCUCACGGACGAGCUGUGGGGCGAGGAGACAGGGCUCGCGAAGGUGACGGGGGAGCUCAAGAAGACGAACCUGGCCUUCGCGAGUCUCCAGGAGGCGGUCGCCCUGCUGCAGUCCAGCAAAGCCGAGGCCGCCGCCCUCGAGGUGCUGCGGCACGAGGCCGCCAGCAUGGUGAACGACGCCAACUUGUCCGUCGCCGCCAUGCGGCAGUCGGUGGGUAACGUGGUGAACGACGUCCGGGAGCACUUCAGGACCGCCUCUCAGACCAUCGCGGCGCACAACGCCACCUUCAUCACUGAGG